CUCGUUAGUCGAAAGUUUGUAUUCUCCCAAAUAUGAAACUAUCAAAUUUCCUUGGGUUUGUUGUGAUUGUUCUGCUAUCAGAAUGUUCGAGAGGCGACCCUCAGCAUCCUGACCGCUCCGACGCCACCUCAAACUCCGACGAAUCUUCUGACGACCUCACUAAUUUCCUCGAUACCGACGAAGAUUUCGAUGAUUUCGAGAGCUCCAACCUGCGACACCACCCCAGACAUCCCAAAAAGCCCCACAGACACCCCAAGAAGGACCCCUACCAUCCGUACAUGCUCAGGAACUUCCCCGAUGGGUUCCUCAUCGGCGCUGCCACAGCGGCAUACCAGAUAGAGGGCGCUUGGAAUGUCGACGGCAAGGGUAUAAGCAUCUGGGACAACUUCACCCAUUCUCACCCUGACAGAAUCAAGGACCAUACCAACGGUGAUGUGGCUUGCGAUUCCUAUCACAAGUACAAGGAGGAUAUCAAAUUGGUGGCUGAUAUGGGUAUGACGCACUACAGGUUCUCCAUCUCUUGGCCAAGGCUGUUCCCCACAGGAUUCGAAUCCGUGCCGAACCUAAAAGGCAUCGCCUACUACAAAAAAGUGGUGGCGGAAUGCCUGAGACGCAAGGUGAUGCCCGUGGUCACCAUCUAUCACUGGGACAUGCCGCAGCCUCUGGAAGACAGGGGCGGCUUCAUGAACGCAGAUUUGGUGCCCUAUUUCGUCAAGUUUGCUAGGGCAGUCAUCGCAGCUCUACCGGAAGUCAGGUACUGGAUGACCAUCAACGAGCCGAAAUUGAUAUGCACCAGGGGCUAUGGCGAAGGGGCACAAGCCCCAGGGGUUGCAAACACCGGCUACGGAGAGUAUCAGUGCGCGUACGUUGUUGCCAAAUGUCACGCCGCCACUUACCGAAUGUACAAGCAGGAAUUUCCUCAUUACACAGCACCAAUGUCCAUCGUCAUAGACGGUGAAUGGAAUGAACCAGCUACUAACAGUACGAGAGAUAUUGAAGCAGCGGAAAGGAGGAAUCAAUUCGAGUAUGGUUUGUACGCCAAUCCCAUUUUCAACGGCAACUGGCCCCAAGUAGUAAUCGACAGGGUGGCCCAAGCCAGCGCCGCAGAAAACCUGACCAGAUCCCGUCUGCCUGCAUUCACCCAAGAAGAAAUCGAUAACAUCAACGGCACAUGGGACUUUAUGGGUUUCAACACGUACUGGACCCAUUUGGUGUCAGAUACAGUGGAGGGAGCUUAUCCAGUGCCCAGCUACCAGAACGACAUCAGGGCGAUAAUAAGCAAUGAUCCCGAUUGGAAUGUAGCUCCGAACGGUAACACGAUUGUGGCAUGGGGUGCAAGAAAGAUGAUGAAAUGGAUAAAAGACAACUACAACAAUCCACCGAUUUUCAUAUCCGAAAAUGGCGUAGGUGAUACUGGAUCGUCUCUGAAGGAUUACGAUAGGAUACUAUUUUACCACGAUUACAUGAGUGCCACUUUGGACGCCAUUCAUUAUGAUGGUGUAAAUGUGAUAGCUUACACUGCUUGGUCCUUACUUGACAACUUCGAAUGGCUGCUUGGAUACACUUCACAUUAUGGAUCCUACUACAUCGAUUUCAAUGAUCCCCAUAGGAGACGAGUACCUAAAACAUCGGCAAGAUUUCUUAAGGACGUUUGUACAUACAAAGCACUACCUAGGCGGGAAGAUUUGAUACAAUACUCAAAUUGAAGAAUUCCCAAACGGAAAAUGAAUUUUUGAAAUGUUCAAUAAAACUUACAUUGUUUAUUGUUUAUUCUUUGGUUUUAUUUCUAUUCAUUAUUCCAAAUUUUUUGGGAUUUUCUCUCCUUGUUUCUAUAAAAUAAAAAUAUGAAUAUUAUUUCAAUAUACGUGUAGUAAGGACAAAUCAGAUGAUUUGCCCCAAAAUGUCACUGCGUUUAAAGAAUUUUCCUAUGAGAGAGCCUAAAAGAAAAAUUCACUAGCUUGUCAGUGACAAUUUGUAUUGAAAAAAAUUUGAAGAAGAGAAAUGAAGGUAUAUAGAAAAAAUAUCAAAUUUUCCCUUAUCUUUGGACAUUUCGGGACCGAUUCUGCUCCCGUUUUCAACAUAAGAAAUGAUUAUUUUUGUGUUAAAGUCGUAUCUGUCUUGAAGCUUUUCAGUUUUCAUCGACAGUUGGUGAUGUUGGCAAAUAAAAUGAGUUACAGGAUGUUUUUAUUAAUUAAUCUUGAAUUUACCAUUUUCAUGUUCAGAUUUCAGUAGUGAAUACCAUGUUCUGUCUAUAUCAACUGAACAA